GUCAGUGCCGCCGUCCAGGCAGCGCUGCCCGCUCGGGCAGAGCAGGUGGAGCGGCCAUGGAGGGGCUGAGCCAGCGCUGCCCGCUGCCCGCCGCCGCCCAGGGCUGCCCCCGGCCCGGCCGCGGCACCGCGCUGCUGUGUUGAGAGGAGCCUGGGAUUGUCCCCCAAGUCCCAGACAGUGGCUGGAAUCUGUUAAAUGCUGUUUUUAAAGCGUGGUGUCUCACCUGCCGUCACCCCUGGUGUUCUCCCCGAGGUGCUGGCGCUGCUGCUGCUCACGUUCCCACUGCUGCAGGGCCUGGCUGUGCACCUGCACUCCUUCCUCACGGGCAGCUACAUCCCUGGGACACACUCCAUCGCCCUCGUGGGCUGCCUCAACGAGCACAUCGCCAGGGACAUCGCCAGGGCCAUCAUGGAUAAGAAGCUGGCUGCCUGUGUGAACAUCCUGCCCAAGAGCUCGGCCUUGUACUUCUGGAAAGGGGAGCUGGAAGAAUCCACUGAAAUACUGCUGCUGGUGAAAACAAGGACGUCCAAAAUUGGGGAAUUGUCCAGCUAUGUCAGAUCCAUCCACCCCUUUGAAAUCCCCGAAAUCAUCAGCCUGCCGAUCGAGCAAGGAAACCCUCUGUACCUCAGGUGGAUGGAGGAGAGCGUCCCGCGGGACUGAGGAGCGCAAAGGCAGCUUUUAUCUCCUGGGCUUUGGUGUGGCACAGGGAUUUGGGAUUGGGAAACCUCCCUGGCCUGCCCCGGGAGCUCCGAGCAGCGCUGAGCUGGGGAAAGGCCAAAAGCUGUGGAUGAGGAUAGAGAUGCUCCUGUCAGGACACCGGGGCUGCCUCAGGCUGUCCACAACCAAUUCCAGCCGGGAGCCGCGGCCUGGCAGCCCCUGCAGUGCCCUGUGUCCCCACGGGCAGCCCUGAACCCCCCUGGCCCCCGCCCUGCCCCGCUCUGCUUGCCCAGCCCGGGGGCUGCAGGAUGUGGCCAGGCGGGCCCCCGGCUCCCCUGCGCUGCUGGAGCCCCAGAGGAUCCCAGCAAACAGCAAACACGUAGAGCUGGGAGGAGCUGGGAUGAGCUGGGAUGAGCUGGGAUGCACUGGGAUGCGCUGGGAUGUGCUGGGAUGAGCUGGGAUGAGCUGGGAUGAGCUGGGAUGCGCUGGGAUGCGCUGGGAUGAGCUGGGAUGCACUGGGAUGCGCUGGGAUGCGCUGGAAUGAGCUGGGAUGCACUGGGAUACACUGGGAUGUGCUGGGAUGCACUGGGAUGUGCUGGGAUGUGCUGGGAUGUGCUGGGAUGCACUGGGAUGCGCUGGGAUGAGCUGGGAUGCGCUGGGAUGAGCUGGGAUCAGCUGGGAUCAGCUGGGAUGUGCUGGGAUGCGCUGGGAUGCGCUGGGAUGCGCUGGGAUCAGCUGGGAUCAGCUGGGAUCAGCUGGGAUGAGCUCGGAUGCUCUGGGAUGAGCUGGGCAGCACCCACGGCCAGCUCAGGGGUCCCAAGUUCCAGCAGCACCCCGACACUGUCCUGGCCCUGCGUGCCUACCCCCACCUGGGCAGUGCCUUUCUGCCAAGUGGAAUUUGGAAGAUGAUCCUGAUGUUAAUGGUUUAUGGGAUAGAACUUAGGGAAUAUUUUGGAGCUCUUUACGUGGCUGGGAAGGGAAUAAACAGGAACAUUUCUUACUCUCAUGGUCACAGCUGGGCAGGAGGAAAGGCCUGGGCUUGCACAGCUCACCUGGCACAGGGCACAGCCCAGCAGCACCAGCUGCCAUGCUGGGCACUCAAUGAUCCUCACACUGCAAAAAAAACCAGUGACAUUGGAAAAAAACCCACUUUUUAAUUGUACAUCAGACACAUUAAUUACAACUUGGGUAUAACAAGAGUCGCUCACGAGCAGCAACCCGAACUCAGAAUUCAGAAGGUGCACAGAGUUGUUAUAAUCUCUAUUACAGCGAAUGCAAAAUAUACUCUGCAACAAAAAUA